AUGGCUACACUCACCUUUCAUUUGAUCCUCUCUUGUGUGCUCGUAUGGUGGGCCUUUCAGGCCUACUCACUGGACUUACCCAAGACUUCAACCUACUAUGGAAGCAACCUGUGGCCCACCUAUGGGACGAAAGUCAUGAACAAGAUCGAUGGUUGUUGGCGGUCGGACCCCAACUGGGCAUCGAACCGUCGUGCCUUGGCUGACUGUGCUGUGGGCUUCGGCAAGGAUGUGCUGGGUGGGAAAUACGGAGCGAUCUACGUCGUGACCGACCCAUCUGAUGAUCCCAUUAAUCCCAAGCCUGGGACGCUUCGCUAUGGCGCCAUCCAAACACAGCCAUUGUGGAUAAUAUUCAAGAAGAACAUGCUCAUUACACUUGAGAACGAGCUCAUGGUGAACAGUUUCAAGACAAUAGAUGGACGUGGGGCCAACGUGGAGAUUGCUUAUGGACCGUGCAUUACAGUGGCAGGUGUGAGCCAUGUCAUCAUCCAUGGGCUGAAUAUUCAUGAUUGCAAGCCUGGAAAACCUGGCCUUGUUCGUAGCACCCCGACGCACUUGGGCCGUCGGCAAGGGUCUGAUGGGGAUGCAAUCAGCAUCUUCGCAUCAUCACAUAUUUGGGUGGACCAUUGUUCUCUGUCCCACUCAACCGAUGGCCUGAUCGACGUCAUCCACGCUUCCACUGCCCUGACCAUCUCUAACAACUACUUCUCCAACCAUGACAAGGUGAUGUUGCUAGGGCAUAACGACAAUUACGCGGCCGACAAAGUUAUGAAAAUUACAGUCGUCUUCAAUCAUUUUGGUCCAGGUUGCAUAGAGAGAAUGCCAAGAGUUCGGUUCGGGUAUGCGCAUGUCGCAAACAAUCGCUACGACGAGUGGGAGAUGUAUGCCAUAGGUGGGAGCGCUAAUCCGACCAUCUUAAGCGAAGGCAAUUACUUUGAUGCUUCUAACAAUCGUUCCUCGAAGGAGGUAACUAAGCGGGAGAGCAGCGGGUGGAAGAACUGGAAAUGGAGAUCUUCGAUGGACAUGUUCUUAAACGGCGCCUACUUCAUUCAAUCUGGUUGGGGGAGCGCAGCCCCGGGCUACUCCUCGUCUCAAUCAUUCACUGCUGCACAAGGGUCGAUGGCGCCUACUCUCACAGCCGAUGCCGGCACACUCCAAUGUUGGGCUACAAGACCUUGUAUAAGUUAG